AUGAAAGCAGUGAACACUAUUUUGAUAGUGAUGGUCCUUAUGACAUGUCUACAAGCUGUCUUAAGCUGUGAAAUGUACAACUUCUUUCCAACCAAUGAUACGGUACUUCAAGGUCAUGUGAUCAAAAGCAUAACUAGGGCCCAGGUCAGUUUGUGCUGGGGGGAGUGUGUUUGGUUGUCAUGGUGCUUCUCAAUCAAUGUACACAAAAACAACAAUGAAUUGUUUGAAUGUGAGUUGAAUAAUUCGAGUAAGAAAGCCAAUUCAAUCAAGAUGGUGUCCAAGAAAGGAUGGUCAUACCAUGAAAUGAAGGGCAUAACCAACUCCAUCAACUGCAAAAUCUACGAUUGUAAAAGGAAAGAGGAUCUAGGUGAUGGCUGGUAUCGCUAUGGAGAUACUGCUCUAAAACUUUUCACAGAAAAGAAAAACUGGACAGAUGCUCGCAGGCAUUGCCAGUCGAUGGGUGGUGAUCUUCAGUCCAUUACCAGCGCACAUGAGAACGACUUUGUAAACGAUGUGUUUAUUAAUCAGUUAAACCUGACGUAUCUUAGGCAAGAUGAACCAGAUGUGGGAAUUCCUUACAUCCACUGGAAAUUAGAUGGGACUGAACAAUCGGUCAAGUUUGUUGGAAACGAGUCGGGUGCUGUUAAGUACGUUUACGAUGACCAGGAAAUAGCUUUGUACUUUAAUGGAACAAUAGGUAAUCACGCCACCGUACCUGCUGUUUCUCUUAACCCUGAGGGAUUUACAGUGGCAUUUUGGGCAAAGGCUGUUACUGUCUACACGCAGAAAUUUCAAACAACACUUGAAAUUCGUUCGCACGAGGAUUYAAAACUACGAAUCCAAUUUCGCACAGAAUCAAGCACAAAAAUACUUUGUGCAGCACGUAUCAUGGAGGAAUAUGUUGGGCGUCGGAGGAUGGAAUACAAUGAUUGGACCUUUGUUGCUUUAAGUUGGAACAAAUCUGUAGGUGUAGCCAAAUAUCUCGUACGUGGACAGAAACCAUUGGUGAACGCAAUGACUCCAACUCCAUCUAUAACAAGCAAUGAUAAUUUCCUUCUUGGUCGUCCAGAUACCAUCACAAAUACUUACCAUGGCUUUAUGAAACAUCUGACACUGUUUAACACUAAUCUAGGUGAUGGCUGGUAUCGCUAUGGAAAUACUGCUCUAAAACUUUUCACAGACAAGAAAAACUGGACCGAUGCUCGCAGGCAUUGUCAGUCGAUGGGUGGUGAUCUUCAGUCCAUUACCAGCGCACAUGAGACCGACUUUGUAAACGAUGUGUUUAUUAAUCAGUUAAACCUGACGUAUCUUAGGCAAGAUGAACCAGAUGUAGGAAUUCCUUACAUCCACUGGAAAUUAAAUGGGAAUGAACAAUCGGUCAAGUUGACGGCUGCUGUUAAGUACGUCUACGAUGACCAGGAAAUAGCUUUGUUUUUUGAUGGAACCAAAGAUGAGCACGCCACCGUACCUGCUGUUUCUCUCAACCCUGAAGGAUUUACAGUGACAGUCUGGAUUAAGGCCAUUCCUAAUUAUAUCGUGAAAUAUCAAAAACCAYUGACCUUUCGUUCGCAAGAGGAUUCAAAAAUAAAAAUCUAUUUUAGUUCAUCAAAUUCAAGUACAGUAACAUGCGCAGCACGAAUCAUGGAAGAAUAUGUUGGGCGUCGUAGGAUGGAAUACAAUGAUUGGGCCUUUGUUGCUUUAAGUUGGAACAAAUCUGCAGGUGUAGCCAAAUAUCUCGUACGUGGACAGAAACCAUUGGUGAAAUCAAUAACUCCACCGUCUCCUGUAUCUAUAACAAGCAAUGAUGAUUUCAUUCUUGGUACUUCAUCGUCCAUGUUUAUGAAACAUCUGACACUGUUUAACACUAGUCUUGUGGUUGAUCAAAUGCAAACUUUCUGCUAUUGGAACGAUCACGGGGCGUGGAUAGGCUUGUAUAACGAAGGACACACAACGAAAUACAAAUGGUCAGACGGUUCUCCUGUAAUGAAUAAUAUGCCUUUACCUCCUGGUUAUCCAACRUAUCCUACGACAGGCAAGAAAUGUGUCAUUGCGGGAAAGAAUGGGAAAUGGGUGAAUAAAUAUUGUGAAAUGGAAUAUCCAUAUAUUUGCCAAAGGAAUAUGCCGUAA